UUCUCUGCUUCCUCUAUAUAAUCAGUCACUCUGUGAUAUCCUCUCCCCACUCAUGGGAAGCAUGAACAUGAAGGUGCAGCACCAGCUCACACGUGGGUUCUGGGAUCAUGAACCCCCUUCCCUCACACUUGCUUGCAAGCGUCUCAGACCCCUUGCUCCCAAGCUUACUUCUACAACUACUACUACUAAUUCUACUUCUACUACUACUACUACUACUAGUUCUGAUCACACCAUCCCUUCCCUUGAUAUCAAGAGCUUCAUCAAGCCAGAUAGUGGUCCUCGAAAGGCAGGAUCCAAUGAAGAGAAAAGAGACCCUUCUCAGGUGGAAGCACAAUCAGGAGGUACGAGGUGGAACCCAACGCAGGAACAGAUUGGGAUCUUGGAGAUGUUGUAUAGAGGUGGAAUGCGAACGCCGAAUGCGCAACAGAUAGAGCAAAUCACAGCUCAAUUGGGGAAGUUUGGGAAGAUUGAAGGGAAGAAUGUGUUUUAUUGGUUCCAAAACCAUAAAGCAAGAGAGAGACAGAGGCAGAAGAGGAACAGCCUCAGUUCCAGUCUUUCUCCAAGGACCCCUUCUCUGCUCACCACUAUCAACUUGGAUGCCAAUAGGGAGAUAGAAAGGGAGGAAGAGAGUCAGUACAAGAGGAAGCAGAGAAGCUGGGGUGUAGAGUGGAGCAGGGAAGAGGAGGAUAGUAGUAGGUGGAGUAGUGGAGGAGAGGAGGGAGAUGAUAAGACUUUGGAGCUCUUCCCUUUACACCCAGAAGGAAGAUGAAGGAGUUCUCCAAGUUCCCAAGACUUUGGUUUCUUUCAUGUGAAAUGUCAAUUUCCUUUCCUGCUUUGCCUCUCUUUCUUUGCUUUGGGAAAGAAGAAAGUGAAGUUAAAGCCUCUAUUGUAAAAUUGUACUCUCUCUCUCUCUCUCUCUCCUAAUUAUUCCUUCUCCAAGCAACGCGCUUGCACUGCGAAAACCACUCUUUAAUCUUCA